CAUCUUAUCAAAGUUAUUUUUCUUUACAGGAACAUUGUUCUGAACAAUCCUGGGAAAAGAAACGCACUUUCCCUCUCCAUGCUGAAGUCCCUCCAUCAGGAUAUUUUGCACAAUAUUGACAGCACAGAUCUGCGAGUCAUUAUCAUUUCAGCUGAAGGUCCUGUUUUUUCCUCUGGACAUGACUUGAAGGAAUUGACUGAGAGGGAAGGCACAAAGCAGCACAUGGACAUCUUCAAGACCUGUUCGGAGGUCAUGACGUUGCUUCCAAAGCUACCUGUGCCUGUGAUUGCCAAAGUAAAUGGCCUUGCCACAGCAGCCGGUUGCCAGCUGGUGGCAAGCUGUGACAUUGCCGUGGCCAGUGAGAAAUCCAGGUUUGCCACUCCUGGAGUAAACGUGGGUCUGUUCUGUUCAACACCAGCAGUAGCCAUUGGAAGAUCCCUGCCUAGAAAGGUGGCACUAGAGAUCCUCUUCACUGGAGAGCCCAUGACAGCUCAGGAUGCCCUCCUCCACGGACUCAUCAGCCGGGUGGUACCUGAGGACCAGCUGGAAGGCGAGACCCUGAGAAUUGCCCACAAGAUCUGCGAGAGCAGCCGGGCUGUUUUGGCUCUGGGGAAAGCCACUUUUUACAAACAGAUGGAACAGGAUAUUGGCACUGCCUACCAGAUAGCUUCGCAGGUCAUGGUGGACAACCUGGCUCUGAAGGAUGGGCAAGAAGGAAUCGAAGCAUUCAUUUCUAAACGCAAGCCCAACUGGUUCCAUUCUUGAAAUAAAUAUUUCCAAGGAACAACUAGGAUCUUUAAGAGCCUUCUGCAUUUGGUGAAUAAAGCAAGUUUCGGGUCUCCCAAACCUGCUCUGAAAAUCAAA